GCAGCUCAGGAGGUUCUAUAAACCAAGAAGACAACGGCGGCACCUCAGGAGGUCCUAUAAACCAACAAUAAGAAUCAUAGAUGAACCAACAGAAUUUCUCGUUAUUUGUGUCAGUAUUUGAGGAAUAUUGUUGGUUGUUAUUGGUCGUCAGAUAAUCUACCACCAGGUAGAAGGGAUUCAACAUGGAUGAGUACGAACAGAAAAACAAUUCGGGAAACGCCCUUUUCCAGAUCGGGGCAAUAACGAAGCUCCAUACAAAGAUGUUAGAGAAGAACCAGGACGGAUCAUCAUUGUACGAGACAGAGGAGGUGAAGUGUUUGUGGCAGACAGCCAACAAAGGUGACAUAGCAGAAGCCACACUUGCAAUUGAGACAUUGGUUGCACUCGUCAAGGCUGGCCUUCUGCCCCUGCCAGCCACCUUGCAAAACUUCUUGGCCGACAUCACUAAUGCAAAAUCUCCAAGUUCGCUUGUGAAGGGAGUAUCUGAGAUUGUGUUGUUGUCACAAGUUGAGACUGAUGGAGAACUUCAGUGUCCCUUCACUGGCCCUCCUUCAGGUCCAGUCCAUCCAUUCGUCACUAUAAUUACCAAAAAACCAGAUCUAAUUUCCACUGUGCUGGAGGAAGUGGCUGGUAUCUUGCGUCAUCCAGAGCGCAGAGUGAGAACCUCGAACAUUUGCCACAUACGUCCGCUGGUGCUGCACACUUUCUGCUUAACGGAGAAAACCUUGGGCAUUGCACAACCUCUACUCUCCCUGAUUGUUAGUUCGCACAUUUCCCACGCGGAGUUGAAUAUUGUUCCACUAUUGUGUCGUGUUGCUCCUCUCAUUAAGGACAGCAGCAGAGACCAUGUAGAGCGGAAAAUCAUGGUGUUGACAGCUUUGGCGGAGAUAGCAGUGGGGAGUAACUUGACCAGGCUACAGUCAGCACUUCUUCCAUGCCUGGUGAUGGCAGUUCCCUUUGCUCUGGUGAGAACACAGUGCCAAAACAAAAGCAAUGAACACUGGGAAACGCUAUGCUGUACAUUUUCAAGUCUAGUCUCUUACAUUCCGGCCUUAGAAUUCUCUGACCGCUUAGUACGAGACCCUCAGCUGGCUUCUGAUUGGUUAACGAAGUUAGCGUCAUCAAUAAACCAGAUUUCCAGUUUUUACCACACUAUUGUAACCUCUGUGUUCUUGUACCAAGGCUCCACAAGUCAGUCAGUACAACAAGCAACUAAGGUUCUGGAACGUGAAGUAAUGAAAAAGAAGGCACUAUCUCUGGAGGUGUUCCCCAUGGUGUUGUAUCGUCUGGGCCGGGAAGUCGACCCCACAACUCGCCUCACUCUCCUCUACACUCUACCAUCUCUGGCUGUCAACAAACUCUGUGUUGCACUGGUGUUGAAGACUCUACUAGCCUUCUGGUCAUCGGGAUCACUUCGUCCUCUUGUGUUGCGUCUGGUUUACGACCUAUGGACGGUGGAGCCCAGGACCUAUUCCUAUCUCUCUCAGCUCAUCCAUGACAAGUCGAUCAACACCAAUGAGAUUCAGAUUGCUCGUGCCUUCAUCGUUGCUAGCAUUUGCAAAGCAAAGCCAUCUCAACAUGGUGAGGAGCUUCUGCCACUCUUGUCUGGGUUCCUGAAUGAGUGUAAGAGUGAUGAUGGAACUCCGCAGACCUUGAUAGCUCUAGAUGGUAUUUAUGAUUUGUGUGCCAACCAGAUUAUAGAUCUACGAACAACGUGGCGUGUCAUUGCUCCCAAACUGGUACGAGAUAAGAGGCCUGGGGUGACAGAAAAGCUGUGUGCACUGCUGGGGCUAGUGCCAGUGCUCCACGUGGCCAGUGUGGAGUAUGAAAAGUUUACUUCAGAUGCCGUCACAAUCUUGUGGAACUGGAUAGCAUCUCACCGAUCUCUUUCGGUAGUAAAAGCCGCAUACAUGUCACUUGAAAAGUUUAAAUAUGAUGAUUACACACUAAAGAUGCUCCCACAGUAUGCUAGAAUGGGUCACCAGCUACCAGCUAGCAUGGCAGCCACGCCAUUUGAAGCUGCUCGCAAGGCUGAAGAUGUGCUUAACUAUGUGCCUGGUUUAGCAUGGGUUAAGCUAAUUAAAGGCUGCCCAGAAUCUCAUCUUGUCUGUGUCGAGAGUUUCAUCAACUCGUUGGUAUCGCGUGAAGUUGCUGCCCUUCCAAAAGGCAUAUAUCUAACUGCUAUUCAAGAAGCUAAGCGCAGGGGAAUCAAAGGUGUUAAUGGUCAACCUGAGCCACAGUCCUAUAGUUUUUUUAAGGAGAUGUCGAUUCUGAAAGCCAUUGUAAACUUUCUUUUGGAUUUCUCAAAUUUGAUGAAGAACUGUGAGCAUGCUGAAGUGAAGCAGAGGUUGCUUAGGUGCUCAGUGUUGAUGCUUGAGGCUCUAGGUCAGUCUCUUCCCCGUCCAUAUCCUGCUCUUGACUGGUCUUUUCUUGAGAAUGUUUUGAUAUCAGCACAGUCGACCUGCAACUAUGACUGGAUCACAAGAAUACGCCAUAGCCUCUUUCAGAUAGCAGCUCGUCAGUGUAACAAAUCAAACUCAGCAAGUGCAUUAAUUAGUAAGUGGCUAGUUCCUGCACCAUCUAAUGGUCUAACACGAGAAGAUGAAAUUGUCCUGUUUAAGUUGUUGGAUCAUCUUGGUCGUGGUUUACCACCAACUGUUUUGCAGCCUUUCGUGGCCUAUGUUUUUAAUCAACAUAUGUCAGAAACUGUGCAUAUGAAGAAGCUUCUUGAGGCCUUAAAGCCAAAUCUCACUGCAGACUUUAUCUUUGACACAAACAGGAAUGUCCUGAGUAAUGCAAUAGAGAAUCUAAAUGAGCAUAUAGAUCCAGCAAAUGAAGUCAUGUAUGUAGCUUACAAAGCAUGUGUUGCAGAUCUUCCACUGAAGCACAUAGAACGUCUGACUUCUCCAUCACUCUGGUGGGAAGUCACUGAUGAACGACUAUAUCGAGCAGCUGUGUUACGUUGUCACGUUGCGGAGAAGGACCCUGAAGAAUUAGCUCUACCAUGGUUAAAUGAUCUGGUCGACUCUGCCGCUGCUCUACCUGGGGACCGUUCGCAUCUGCUUCGAGUCAUGUCAAAUACUCUUGUAGUCCGGUGUCGAGUGAAGGAGAGCACUACGUGGUUUUUGCAACUUCUAGGAAGAUUGCGUGAUCAUCUGAAGGCAAAGCCAGGAGACAACCUUGUGGCAGCUCAUGAGCAGCAACAGAGAGUCACUUUCUAUCUUGAUCUAGUAGUGAUGGGACUGUUGGUGUGGUCAGACUUGUGGGCCACAAACCAGAUGGAAGUCUUGGCAGAGUCUCCAGCACUUCGAGACCGCCUCCUGCUUCCUUCCAUUGUAACCUUAUCUGGCCAGACCGAGUGGAAACAAACUCUUAACCAGCUUCUCAAUUGGCUGUUGUCUUCUCACUCUCUGAUGGGUGAACAUGCCAGUUCCCGUUACCAUCUGUCUUCACCUACUCUCCUCCUUGCCACUCUCAAUCCAGAUCUUACUCAAAUUAUGUGGAAUAAAGUUAUUGCCUUAGUUAUUUAAGGCUUAAAAAUGUAGAUAAUUUAUUCUCUAGUAGUCAUUGUAGAUCUUAAUGCCAUUUAUUGCAACAUUUAGAGUAAUGCAUCAAGUGUUUUCCUUUAUAUAUACUAUUGGGCGUUAUUCAUUUCUAUGGUAUAAACCUUGGUAAUAAAUACCGACAAGUUAGUUUAGAAAAAUACGUAAGCAAACACUAGGACAUAUUUAUUAGAAAAUGUUUCGGCCCUGGGACCUUGAUCACUUCUAAUAUCAUCAAGGUCCCAAGACCAAAACAUUAUCUAAUAAAUAUGUAUGUCCUAGUGAUUGAUUACACGUUUUUCUUAACCAUUCAUUUCUAUAAACGUUCACCUUGAGGCUGGAAUUUGAGCCAUAAUGACUCGUGAAAUUGCAGUAACGCAAUUGCAAACAAAUCAACAAAUGGAUGGGAUUUGAACCCAUGGCAAGUCCUAAAAUUCACCGGCCUGUGAGGUUUAGCACUCGUGUGUCGUGGAUUUAAAUCCCACCUGUUUCCUGACUUGAGUUAUCUUGUCCUUCAAAUUCAAACUCAAUUUUUUAUUUCUUUGCAUAGUAUGCAAUGUGUGAUUUACAUGUAAUAAAAUAGUGUUAAGCACAAAGAAAGCCACUAACAUGCCUGAGCAUUUCCUUAUACAAAUACAGUGGACCCCCGGUAUACGAUGUUAUUUCAUUCCAGAAGUAUGUUCAGGUGCCAGUACUGAACAAAUUUGUUCCCAUAAGGAAUAUUGUGAAUUAGAUUAGUCCAUUUCAGACCCCCAAACAUACACGUACAAACGCACUUACAUAAAUACACUUACAUAAUUAGUUGCAUUGGGAGCUAAUCGUAAAGUGGGGGUCCACUGUAUAGAUACAAGUUUACACAAUACAUUGUUAUACAGAGAUGGUGACACUUGAAUGUAUGUUGAAAGCUCAUGGCUAUGCAGAGCAUUUCAGACAAGCUUAACCCUUAAACUGUCGAAACGUAGAUCUACGUUUGCUCGCGUAGCGCUCCGAACGUAGAUUUACGUUUUUUUUACAUUGUUUCUUAUGGAGAAAAUCAAGGUUGGAGUGCUACGCAUGCAAAUGUAGAUCUACAUUUGGACAGUUUAAGGGUUAAAGCCCUAGAUAUUGUAUGAUUUCUGUAUUCCAUUGAAUAUAAUAAUCAUAAUAUAAAUUCGUAUUUAUCUUUUUCGUAACCCCUUCUUCUGUAUGAAUUACUAAAUUUAAAAAGAAAAACAUUUCCUUUUCUUUUUAGGUCAC